AUGACGCUUUACGAUUCUAAUCAAGUUCGUCUAACACAACAUGUGUUAAUUUAUCUUACAUUUAUCUUAACAACAUUCGGUAUAUUUGGCAAUAUACUAGUCAUUAUAAUAUUUUAUUCACCAAAAUUUCAUAAACAAAGUACCCAUUUAUAUUUAUCAACAUUAGCACUAUCUGAUGUUUGCUUUUUAAUAAUUAAUUUAUUUGAAGAUACAUUUCGUAAUCUUGAUACCUUGUAUAAUUCACAUCUGGGUUUUCUUGAUCGCUCAACACAAUUUAUAUGCAUUGCUGCACAAUAUAUACGCAAUAGUACACGUUUAUCUUCCUCAUGGAUCAUUGUUUCAUUUACUAUUGAACGAUUGAUUGCCGUUUAUUAUCCAUUAAAACGAAAAAUAAUCUGUCGACGAAAAGAGGCAAGAUAUUUACUGUUUGGAAUAUUCGUGAUGACUUUAUGUUUUAACAUUAAUGUCCCGUUUCAUUAUGGAUUGAUUCACACUGAUAAUAAUAGUACAUCAUCACCAACUGUAUGCGAUGUAUUACAAAAAUAUCGACCUAUUUAUAUGCGUUUUGCCAUAGCAACAAUGAUAAGUGUUUAUUUAAUUCCAUUUCUAAUUAUCGGUUUUGGUAAUAUGCUUAUUAUCAUUCGUUUAUCUCGUAGUAAACAGUUAUUGAACAAUAUGGAUAAAAACCCAGAACCAAAUGGCCUUGAAAGUGUUGGCGGAACAUCACUGAGAUACAAUGAUUCAAUAUUAUCUGGCUCAAAUAACUAUGAACAUUCAGCAUUACUAAAUAAGUCACAUUUAACUCUAGAAGAGAGUGUACCGCCGCACAACCAGGUACUAUCCAAUAAACAUCAAACAUUUCAAACUCAUUUAAAAGGGGGCACACAACGUAAAAUAACAUUAACAUUAUUACUUGUAUCAUGGUCAUUUUUAUUAUUAAAUACACCAUAUUGUAUAUUAUGGCUAUUGAAUUACAUUCAUAAGUUUGAAAAUGAAAAUUUAAAAACUCUUAAAGAAUUAACAGAAUUAUUAAUGUUAACUAAUUUUUGUAUUAAUUUUAUUCUCUAUUGUUUAAGUGGUAAAUUAUUUCGAGCUCAUUUAAAAUAUUUAUUCAGAUGUUAG